AACUUUCGCGUCCUCGGCGAUUCCAUUCCAUCCAUUUCGAGCAGCACCCCAAGAUUGUAUGUUACGGAUGUUUGCCAAAUCACCAGACCAUGUCCAAGACACCCCGGAAAAGCUGUUUUCGAGGUUAGCACCGCUAGAUAUCGGGUUUCAUAAUAGCAGUCAAGUACGUUGUUCCAAAGUCGAUAGCGACAAUAAAAUACAAAUCUGAUAUAAGGCUGAACAAGAAUGACCUUGUGCGGUCCGGGUCCUUCCAGAACGCCAAGCUCUGUGGCUGCAUUCUCCCCCGCACACCGAAGUCGAAAGCAGCCUUAUCGCCUUCAUACUGAGCUCUCUCUCUUAUGAGUAUCUUUAAAUUGCCAAUAUGGUGAAAUGGAGAAUCAGGAGCUUCAGACCAGCCGUUUCGGCGCGACGAAUUAGUUCUGGUGGGGACCUCCAGGACAACCCAGCCUCGACUCGUCCCCGGGUAAGAUCGUCAAGCCAGCGUCCAGAGGAUCGGACUUUAUCUUUCGAUGUCCCCGGCCCAGAAUACAUGAUCCUGGUGAUGGGGGUUACUGGAUCGGGCAAAAGCUCUUUCAUCAACUUGCUCGAGGAUGACUCGGUGUCCGUUGGUCGUAAUCUAAGAUCGCGUAAUGCGUCAAUGUCCUCGCCGUUACAUGACCUAGUGACGCUGAUCGUUCCAGAUACCAAAUCUUGCACGGCUGUGAAGACUAAAAUUGGGCAAACCAUCGUCACUGUGGUUGAUACGCCUGGCUUCAACGAUGACGAAGACUCUGACGGCAAGAUCUUUGCAAAGAUUACCCGCUUUCUAAGUACCCAAUACCGCCUGGGGAUCCUUCUUAAGGGAAUCAUCUGGUUGCAAAAGAUCGACGACAACAAAUUCACCGGUUCUGCUAGGCGAUAUAUGGACAUCUUAACCCAAAUGUGCGGUGACGAUGCCUCUCCCAAUAUCGCACUUGUGACCACUAUGUGGGAAAAAGUAAAGGGGACAGAUGGCCUAGGACUUGGCCUUGAAAGAGACGAAGAGCUCCGCCAACACUACUGGUCCACUCUGGUCGACGGUGGUUCAUGCGUCUUCCAGAUGUACACCAGGAGUCGAGAUCGCGCCGAGGCUAUCGUGGCCACCCUUCUCAAAAAGGCUGAUGUAGUUCUACAAAUUCAGCGCGAACUUUUCGACGAUCACCAACGCCUAGAUCGUACUUGUGCGGGAAAGAUGGUUAGUUCCGCACUCGAGGAACGGAUCUUCGAAAAGUUGCAGACGAUUCGUACCCUGCGAGAGCAGCUUGAAGACGCGGAGAGAAGGAAAAAUGAUCGGAAGCGGGACCGCAUUCGAAAGCAAUUGGAUGCUCAACUAGAUGAGCAUGCGAUACAGAUGCGGACCCGGGAGGAGUUAAGAUGCCAACCUGAUGAUGAGACCGAUGAGAAGAUAAAAGAGGCUAAUGACAAGAAGGAGGGUGGAUGGAAGAGUCGGAUUCAACUAUUUGCAGGUGUCAUGGGCCCAUUGGUUUCGUUGGCAGUGAAUCUAGCACUAAAUUUCGCAGGUGCUUAGAAUGCUAUAGACUUUAUUAUACCACUGGUUGAUAUACUACACUAGGCAGUCUGUAGACUAUAGUGCUAAUCUAGUGUCAAUACUGAAGCUUGGUGAAGCCAGAGCACAUAAUUGCAAGGCAUUCCCAGCGUCAACGAC